AUGUCAGCAGAUCUUUUCGCAGAAUUCGGGGCCGACCCUCCUUUGAACCAACAGCAGUCGCAGCCCAUCAAUACGCGGAAGACUAUACCUGUUGCAUCAGAUUUCAGCUUCUUCAAUGACCUGGCCAACACACCAAUUUCAGCAACACCGUCACAGCAACCUCCGCCUAUACGCAACAAUCAAAAUUUUGGUUCGACCUCCGUUCAAGCAUCCACAGUUGAAGACAAUGACGACUGGGGUGACUUUGAGGGCGGCACAUCCACCGAACCCGCUCCUGCCGCCAAGCAAGAUCCGUUCGCCUUCACGUCGCCUCCAGUCUCCCAACCACCAUCGAACGCAUGGAACAUUACGUCAACCACCAAUGACCCUUUCGCAUUUACAUCGCAACCAUCCUCCCAACCGGUGGAGCAAACAUGGCAGCGAGCACCCAUUGUAAAGGCUAAGAAAUCAGCCGACCCAAGCGUACUGUUCGAUGCAGAAGAUGAUUUUGAUGAUGACGACGACUUUGGUGAUUUUGAAGGCAAACAGGAAGGUAAAGCGCUCACUGCAGCACAUGUUGCAUCGUCUUCACCACUCGUGGAUUUGUUAGGUGAUAUGAGCAUAUCACAGUCUCAACCACCCGUCCCGAGGAGUGGAAAUACUGCCGGCGCAAGUCGAGUUUUGGAGGGCCAAAUGACCACGAGCAAGAAGCUUAAGGCCGGAUUUGGUGCUGCUACUAAACCGAAACGGCCAGUCCCAACACCUCCACCAGCAGCAGAGAAAGAAGAUGAUGGAUGGGAUGAAUUCGAUGAUUGGGAGGCUUCUAUCUCUACUAAAGCACCGAGCAGAAACGAGACUAUGCAGUCGACUGAAAACGUUGAAUCAGCCACUACACCAGCUCCGAUACUUUCUCCUACAGCACCAGACCCGAAGCCCGGUGAAUUACCUCCUACAAACGUGCCGCCGCCAGGUGUGUUGCUAUCACUUUUCCCUUCUCUAUUUGCGGAGGCACAGGAGAAGUUAUUCAAGCCCAUGGCAGCGCAACCCCUACCCAUGAGGAACAAGUUGCUCGCCGAGCCCGCGACAAUCGCCUACCUCCAAGGCUACCUCGCCCUUGGGAAUGUUGCGGCACACAUCAUAGCUGGUCGGAAACUGCGCUGGAAGCGAGACCAGCACCUGUCCCAAGGCAUGCGGAUAGGCCCCGCGUCAUCACGAGCAACUUCCGGGAUGAAGUUGACGGGCAUUGAUAAGGGUGAGAACAUGAAAGAAGAGCGGGAGGUCUCAGACGUGGUCAGAAGCUGGAAAGAGCAGGUUGGGCGACUACGACAUGUCGUAUCUGGAGCAAAUCAAAUCAAAGCUGGUACUCUGGACCGUGGGCCAGACUUGCAAGAGACGAUGCCGGUAAAGAUGUUGAAGCAGUCUGAAGGUGGUAUACCGGCGCGGCAGCCUUACGACAGCUUUGGCGAGUGGUGGAUAGACCAGGUCAACAUGCAUCGAGCUGACAUCCUCACCCCGCCAGGCUCUCUACCAGAAGAAGCACCCUUCAACUCCUUCGCACAGUCACAGCACCUCUCCGAAUAUGCCCCGCUGGUCAAGACGAAAAGCACCUCGAGCCUGCUGAACUGGCGAACCGGGCCGCCGCCACCCAUCGAUACGGCUAAGCGCCUGAGCAUCGAUGCAGGGCAACUCGACCGCAUGGCAAGGUCGCCCAUUGUGCCCGAGCAUGAACACGGUCUAGGAUCCUCAGGCCUUCGUCGCAUCCGUCAGCAGCCAGGCCCAAGACAGCUGCAGACGACCCAACGAGCCGCUUCGUUGAACAUCGCCACGCCACCAGUAUCGAGACAUCCUUCUGAAUCUGCGCCCACAGCCCCCGGGUCACCGACCUUCGCCUUUGGUGAGGAUCUCACUCGCUUUCCCUCUGAGUCUCUACACUCGUUCUCCUUUGCGACACAAUCAGAAGAGUUCAUACACAAUCGCCAGAAUGUGCUGAAGCGGUCCAUCGAGUUUAUGCGGGACAGGCUGGGCUGGGCCGCGACAAACCCUGGAAUAGCAAACGCCCAGGCAAAACUCAGCGGCGAUCAGGAAGUGCAGAGCAUGAUGGAGCUGCUUACACGGGCAAACCUAAUAGGUCAAGACGGUACAGGAGCUCAUGGACUGGGAGCUCUAGGCCCUGUGACAGGGCCUGCGGACAUGUCUGGUGAGAACCCAUUUGAGAAAGGUUUCACAGUCGAUCGAUCAGCCAGCCCCGAGAACAUGCUUCAAGCUGCGAGACCACCAGUACACAGGGUAACUACGACCGAUAAUGCCGAUACCAGCAGUACAUCAGACUCUCGGGAAGGGAGAAGCUCAUCAAGUACCGACUUCACCUCCGACGCUUCGAGCACACGCGCAGCAGCAGUUUCUCCACCUCCACCGGCCUCGCAACCUGCACGUCCCCAACGAGCUGCACUGAAACGAACCCUUACCGACGUCGUGCCUCUUACAAUCCAAAGCCAACUCCACGAUGCAUUGGCGCAACCAUAUCGGGUGGGAGACCAAGAGAAAAUCAGCGACCUCGUAUCUCCUAGCACUAUACCAACUCUGCCGCCAAGUUUCAGCAAUGCACCAGGGCCUCAUUCUGCGGGAUCAGCGCCGCAUGGACACGGAAGCCGACACGCUCCAGCAGCACAAGCCAUAUUCACCACCGAGACAGACACGCCAUGGACCAUCACAUCCGCAAAUGACUUGGCAUGCCUUGUGUUUGGUGUAACGAGGGCUGAGGUGCGCAAGUUGGGCAUACUUGAAGUUGUACGAGAGGACCGUAGGAAGUGGCUCGAAAGCAAGCUCAGGGAUCCCGAAGUUGGCUCGAAGAACGCACUGUCCGGAGCGUCUCCUGCUACUAACAACCUGAAAGUCGGCAGUGGUGUCACAGCACGGUUAUUGAGUAAGGCGCCAUCACGAGUGAUCGCCGCGAGAAAGGCACAGACGGACGAUGGUAGUGGUUCAUCGUACUACAAUGCGAAGAAGACGGGCAAGCUGAACCACGAACACAAGGGCUCACGAGGCGUCUUACUUUGUGGAGACGUCAUACCGAUACAGAAGCGCAAUGGCUCGACUGGAUCUGCCAGCUUGUGGGUCAAAGAGAAGCGGGGUAGUCUCAUCUGGGUGCUUGAGGAGAUCGCGGAAGAUGUCGUAUAUAUCACAGUCGACGAUGUAGGCUGCGUAUCCAAGGGCUGGGGCGCAACAGAAGCUGUCUUCGGAAGCGAUCGGUUACGGAGAGGAAUGGAUCUCAAGCGACUCAUACCAGGCAUACCACGACUUCGAGGAACAAACACUGGGGCGCUAGACUAUGAGUCGAUCGACGAGUUUCGCAGCUACACGGCUCGAACUUCAAACAGCAUCAACAUACCAGUGACCGUGGAAGCGAUGCCUGGCGAACCCACUUUCCGCGUCUCUAGUUUCCCACAUAUCGCGGGUAUCAUCGUUUUAUCAUCCGACGACCUCAAAAUCACAAGCUCCAAUUCUGUCUUUUCAUCAGCUCUGUUCGGACAGCCACGGCCCGAAGGUAUUCACGUGAGCAAGCUCAUACCCGCAUUCGACAGGAUACUGCACGUCAUGACCGAUGAAGACAAGAUUGAGUUGGUCGACGGAAUAGUCAUCCCCGAACACAGCUUCCGCCGUGCCCGUGCCCUGCUCGCCAUGCGAGAGGGUAGCGCAGAUGCGGCAGCGAUCUUCCUGCGACCAAGUGGACUGCCAGCACUACAUCGCGACGGCUCGGAAAUCAUGGUCGACGUGCAGAUGCGAGUGGUCAAGAGCGAAAAGUCUCCCCGAUUCGAUGAGAAUGUCAUUGAAGAGGAGGAUGGGUCACCCAAACCUACCACGGGUCCAGAGCUGGUCUACGCCUUGUGGAUAACAUACUCCAGGCAGCUGCAUGCUGCAAACCAUGGUAUUGGUCCCGUGACUCCUCUCAUGUCACGACCACCCUCACCGCGCCAACCUGAACCAGGCCAGUCAAAUUUUUCUGUGCCGCAAGAACCCGAAUCGCAUCAAUCACAAGGAACGCCGCCUGCAGUGUCGCUCCUCACCCAGCAAAUUCAAGAAGCUAUGCGACCUAACACUCCGCAACAAAUUCAGACAAAAGAUAUGGCUCCAUCACGGGUUCCUGUGCAGGAAGAGCCAUCCAAAAAGAAGACUAUCAACGAUUUUGUAGUUCUAGAGGAUAUGGGCCAAGGCGCGUAUGGGCAAGUUAAGCUCUGUCGGUACAAGAAGGUCAGUAGCAAGAAGGUUGUGAUCAAGUACGUUACGAAGCGGCGGAUUUUAGUUGAUACAUGGACGCGAGACCGAAGGCUAGGAACUGUGCCGCUCGAGAUUCACGUACUAGACUACCUCCGACGUGACGGGUUCAAGCAUCCCAAUAUUGUAGAGAUGGCCGAUUUCUUCGAGGAUGAUAUCAACUAUUACAUCGAGAUGGUACCACACGGUCUACCGGGCAUGGAUCUUUUCGACUAUAUCGAGCUGCGAGUCAACAUGGAAGAGAAGGAGUGCCGUAAGAUCUUCGUACAAGUGGCAGAAGCGGUACAUCAUCUGCAUACCAAGGCGAAGGUCGUACAUCGAGAUAUCAAGGACGAAAACGUCGUCCUCGAUGGUGAAGGCAACAUCAAGCUCAUCGACUUUGGAAGCGCAGCGUACAUCAAGAGCGGGCCGUUUGACGUCUUUGUCGGCACUAUUGACUACGCCGCCCCCGAAGUCCUAGCCGGAAAAGCUUACCGCGGUAAAGAACAAGACGUAUGGGCGCUCGGUAUCCUCCUUUACACCAUCAUCUACAAGGAAAACCCAUUCUACUCCAUCGACGAAAUCAUGGACCACGAUUUACGCGUACCGUGGGUCAUGUCGGAAGAGAGCAUCGACCUCGUGCGACUGAUGUUAGAUCGAGACGUGGAGAAGAGGAUUACGAUCAGCAUGGUACUGGAGCAUCCUUGGUGUAAGGGUGCUGGUGCUGGCAGUGGGGUCGUCGGGGAAGCUGCCUAA